UCCGGCCCAAUCAAGCGAGCACUUGUUGAGACUUAUUCGUGAUUUGUUCUCAGUAUACCGUUGUCAUUCAGUAGAGAUGGAGUUAAGAGAACGAAAACCACCAACUUUGACUGAAAAACUUUCCGAUCAUUACAAGAACAGAGAUUUUACGGUGAAAAAAACACAGAUAAACACAAUUGGCGUGGCUUUCUUCUGGGGAAUGUGGAUUUCUCUUUUCAUUGAAGGCCACAUUUUGACUUUUCAACUGUAUGGCGAUGACUGGAUAAAAACCAGCGUGAUAUUUGUAUUGAUUUGGUUUUCGGCUUGGCAAUCGUUUAUUAAUUGGAUGGGAACCUAUUUAGUUGAUGUAUCAAAAGUUGACAAUGCGGUGAAGGAAAAACAUCACCCCGGGAUUCUUCAAACACCAGCAGGCUGGUACAACUGUCCUAAUUGUCAGGUUGAUGUCCCACCAAGAGCGUUCCACUGCAAGUACUGCAACAAGUGUGUUCUGAAAAGAGAUCAUCACUGCUUCUUCACUAAUUCCUGCGUUGGAUUCUAUAAUGAGCGGUUCUUCAUUAUAUUAUGUAUAUCACUAAUCUGGUGCAAUGCAUUCGCCUCUUUCCUACAAGUCACCUACCUCAACCAAACAAUACCGCUGACCCUUUUUGAUAUCCUCAAUUACUUUGCACCAGUUGCAUUUUUCCAGAUGUUAUUUGGGAACAUGACAUUUUUCCAGUUUUUCCUAACGCUUCAUUUGUUUUUCACGGUUGGGUGCUUUUUCAGUGCUAUAUUCUUCACAUAUUAUCAUUUGUUCCUGAUCUGUUACGGUAUGACCUCAUUUGAGAGUACCAAGAAAAUGAACAUCUAUUCACACGACACCGCCCUGGAUAAUUUAAGAUCUGUAUUUGGCGCAUUGCGCCUAAUUCCUCUACAAUUCAUAUUUCCGUUUAGAGUGGAUCAAAUUGACGAUGGAGUGAAUUGGAACAUCAGGAAGAGAGUCAAGGGAAACUGAAUUAAGGAUAAGGGAAAUAACACUUUAAAAUCACUUAUGCGUUUGUGUCCACCAUUUUCAUAAAUAUAUUGUAAGCUUCAAAGUAACACCGUCUACUUUACUUCUGUUUCACAUUAAGAAGCAUUCAUAAAACUGGUUUUCACAAAUGCAUUAAUGAUUGCAAAGAAUUAUCUCCAUUUACCCUUGCCUUCACCCCUUUGAAAGACUAAACUUGUCAAGUACAUUGUGCAUAAUAUGAAUGUGUUCGGAUAGUUCCAUAUGGCUCAUUGUCGACAGUCGUGUUCAGCUAUGAAAUCAUGGACCAUUAAGGAUGUAAUAUUUAUUUAUGAAUCUGUUUAUAUUAUUUGUAUAGAUGUGUCUGCAUUUUUAUAUUUAUAUUUUGUUAAUAAACACAAUGAAUGUUC